AUGGACGAUGAAACCGCAGCAGGAGCUCUUGAGGAGCUCUUGAGGAGCUAUGUUGCCGUGUUGAUUGUUUCCUACGAGGCUUUCCAGAAGAUAUCGGUGUUAUGCAGCGCUAGAUUGGGUCUUGUUGCUACCGAAGCAGGCAACCUUCUUUACUUGAUGGCCAGUAUCAAGAAUGUCUUGCAGGAUUGGAAGGAUGAUCAGAAUAACAGCGAAAGUGACUCAGCUCCUUACGUCUGA